UUGAUUUGUGUUAAUGGUCACAUUACCACAAAUUUGUUGAUUUCCAGGAUUUUUGCAACACAUUUUCAAAAUAAACAAAUUUUGCAAGAGCUUUUAUUAUAACAUUGGUAAUAAUUACAAAUAAGAAAUCAUGUCGGCCGAUGUACGCGAUAUUCUGGACAUGGAGCGUGCCAACACGCCCGAAGUGACGAGAGAUUCAUUUUUAGCCACCAAGAAGCGGAACUUUGAACGAACAAAGAAUGCGUCCCGACGACCAGAAGGAAUGCACCGCGAGGUGUUUGCUUUGCUUUACACUGACAAAAAAGAUGCUCCGCCGCUCCUGCCCACGGAUACGGCGUUGGGUAUUGGAGCCGGCUACAAACAGACGAAGGCGCGCCUCGGAAUGAAGAAGGUGCGCAAGUGGGAGUGGGCUCCUUUCUCGAAUCCUGCCCGCAACGAUGCCGCAGUCUUUCAUCACUGGAAAAGGGUCACCGACAACUCCACCGACUAUCCUUUUGCUAAAUUCAACAAACAGUUGGAGGUUCCUUCCUACACGAUGACGGAGUACAAUGCCCAUCUAAGGAACAACAUCAAUAACUGGAGCAAAGUGCAGACAGAUCACUUGUUCGAUUUGGCGAGGCGUUUUGACCUUCGUUUCAUUGUGAUGGCGGAUCGCUGGAACCGUCAGCAGCAUGGCGCAAAAACCGUGGAGGAGUUGAAGGAGCGCUACUAUGAAGUGGUGGCCCUGCUCGCCAAAGCUAAGAACCAGACCAGCGAAAAGAAAGUAUUCGUUUAUGAUGCCGAGCACGAGCGGCGGCGCAAGGAGCAGCUCGAGAAACUGUUCAAACGCACCACCCAACAAGUGGAAGAGGAGCAAAUGCUUAUCAACGAGAUGAAGAAGAUCGAGGCUCGUAAAAAAGAGCGCGAACGCAAGACCCAGGAUCUGCAGAAGCUCAUUUCUCAGGCUGAUCAGCAGAAUGAACACGCCUCCAACACGCCAAGUACUCGUAAAUAUGAGAAAAAGUUGCACAAGAAAAAGGUGCACCACCAGCCACGACCUUCCAAAGUGGACUCUGUUGUAAACGCCAUAGAAAUCGGCAGCAGCGGCAUCAAGUUUGCUGAUCUGCGCGGUUCCGGUGUGUCCCUGCGCUCGCAAAAGAUGAAACUGCCGGCCAACAUAGGCCAACGGAAGGUUAAGGCCCUUGAACAAGCCAUUCAAGAGUUCAAAGUUGAUCCCGCUCCGCCGCCCACAGAGGACAUUUGCACCUCCUUCAACGAGCUGCGCUCCGAUAUGGUAUUGCUUUGCGAACUGCGCACCGCGCUGUCCACAUGCGUCUACGAGAUGGAGAGCCUCAAACAUCAGUAUGAGGCCGCCUGUCCGGGAAAGACGCUGAACAUCCCGCCCUCACUGGUGCCCAUCAAGACCGAAGCCCUGGACAAUAGCACAAAUUAAUUAAGUUAACGCGGCCCGUUUCUACUCAGAUUCUCCAGACGCCGAAGUGUGUGCGGCGUGCUAAUCACUGUAACCCGUUUUCCACUGUCCAUAUUUGUGCAUUUGCGCUACUCCCAGUCCGUCUGGGGAAAUAAAUGGAUAAACAAGAAAA